AUGUCACUCUGCUCUAUCCUACUCUCUGUCUUCGUCAUCCUGUCCUUCUCCACCAUAGCAUUUUCAGAUGAAGACUGUGUCUACACGAUGUAUGUGAGAACAGGAUCCAUCAUCAAAGGAGGCACGGACUCCGUCAUAAGCGUGAAACUGUACGACUCUUAUGGUUAUGGCGUGAGGAUCCCAGAUCUUGAGAGAUGGGGAGGUUUGAUGGGGCCACGUCACAACUAUUUCGAGAGGGGCAAUUUGGACAUUUUCAGCGGGAGGGGGCCGUGUUUGGAUGCACCUGUAUGUGCCUUGAACUUGACCUCUGAUGGGUCAGGUUCAGGCCAUGGGUGGUACGUUAACUACGUGGAGGUGACUACAACCGGGGUCCACGCGGCUUGUGCCCAAACACAGUUUACCAUUGAGCAGUGGCUGGCUCUUGAUACUUCCCCUUAUCAGUUAAGUGCUUUUAGGAACUACUGUAAUGGCGAACUUGAUGUUAAGAAAUCUGCUGGAAGUUCUUCUAUGUAA